CAACGCGCGCGUCGAGUCGAUGAUGACAGCUAACUGGCACGCGAAUCCGGGGUCACCUACGGUUAAUACAACGUCGAACCACGUUGCUGGACAGCGCACUCACUCUAGUCAGAUACUUGACGAUUGUGCGCAAUAGCCGACCAUGAGGUUCUUCAAGUCUCUCCUUUCGGCGACCCUGCUCAUCGCAGGCGCCCUCGCCGCGAAAAAGUCCCCGACCGAACGCUUCUCGGAAUACCACACCAAGGCGUUAAGCUCGUCGCCAUUGAAGCUCUCUGAGACUUCGUACAAAAGCUUGACGUCUACGCCUCGCGACUACAGCGUUGUGGUGUUGCUGACAGCUCUCGAGAACCGCUUUGGCUGCCAACUCUGCCGCGAUUUCCAGCCCGAAUAUGACCUGCUGGGCAAGGGGUGGGUGAAGGGGGACAAGAAGGCCGAGUCUCGUUUGCUCUUUGGUACUCUUGACUUUGUGGAUGGCCGUGAUGUCUUUGUCUCGCUCGGCCUCCAGACCGCACCCGUACUGCUGCUGUUCCAGCCGACCGAGGGCCCCCACGCGGUGGCCUCGAAAGACCCGAUCCGAUACGAUUUCACAACUGGGCCACCAACCGCCGAGCAGGUUCACGGCUGGCUGUCUAGGCACCUCACUGAUCGCCCUCACCCUCCCGUUAAGAGGCCAAUCAACUGGCAACGAUGGGCAUCAGCCAUCACUAUCAUCCUCGGCGGCAUUACACUUGUUGCGACAGCUUCUCCAUACAUUCUACCCGUCAUUCAGAACCGGGCACUGUGGGCUACGGGCUCCAUGUUCUUCGUCCUUCUGUUCACGAGCGGUUACAUGUUCUGCCAGAUCCGCAACGUUCCCUAUGUGACGGGCAAUGGGAAAGGAGGUGUGAGCUAUUUCGCCGGGAGCUUCCAAAACCAACAUGGGCUCGAGACUCAGGUCGUUGGUGGACUCUAUGGCAUUCUCGCGAUCACUUUCACUGUGCUGGUCACGAAGGUGCCUACCAUUUCCAACCCACGUUACCAGCAAGUAGCCGCCGUUGCCUGUGGCGGAACCAUUUUCCUCUUGCAAAGUGCAUUGCUGAGCAUCUUUCGUAUCAAGAACGGCGGAUACCCAUUCUCGCUGCCUCCGUUCAUGUAAGAGGGUGGCCAUGAAUGACUGGCCGAGCACGCCAUGUCCUCUUUCAGGCCACAGACGUUCUUCUGGGGAUGUCAACGUCAUAACACAGCAACCCUGUGUAAGUUGCAGGAACAAAUCCCGAGCCUCCGCGAGGCUUAGUGGGCAGACACUGAACAUUACUUAGAUCUAGAGCCGGGUAAAUGCGCGGUGAUCGCGCACAAAACAUAGAACGACAAUAGACCAC